AGUAUUAGAUAUCUCAGUGAAGUGAUUGACCAGAGUCCAGUGCAGGCAGCUCAGUAGAGUGGAGCAGUUUGUUCAUCUCGACCUCAGGAUCACAGGUAACCCAUAAACAUGUCUGACAGACCAAUAGACGAGGAGGAACUCCCAGUCACACACACAGGCCCAAAAGGAGUCAUCAAUGACUGGAGGCGAUUCAAGCUGGAGAGCAUGGACCAGGACUCUCUGCCCCCACAGAAGAGAGAGUUGCUGCGUCAGAUGUCGUCCCCACAGAAGCCCAAUGAUGACCCCAGGGGAGGCCUCAACCGCAAGAUGAGCGUCCAGGAGUACGAGCUGUUGAAGGAGGAGGACGAGAAUAGCCUGAAGAAAUAUCGUCGCCAGUGCAUGCAGGAGAUGCACGAACGCCUGAGCUUCGGUCCCAAGUUCGAGGGCGUGUACGAGCUGGAGAGCGGCGACGCCUUCCUGGAGGUCAUCGAGAAGGAGCACCGCCUGACCGUGGUGGUGGUCCACAUCUACAAGGCUGGGGUCAAAGGUUGCGAGGAGCUCAACAGCUGUCUGGACUGCCUGGCUGGCGAGUACCCCAGCGUCAAGUUCUGCAGGAUCGACGCGGUGUCCACGGGCGCCGGCGAGCGUUUCCACGACGACGUUCUGCCCACGCUGCUGGUGUACAAGGCCGGCGAGCUUCUGGGUAACUUCCUGGCGGCGACGCAGCACCUGAACGAAGAGUUCUUCGCCACAGACGUCGAGGCGUUCCUCAACGGGUACGGCCUGCUGCCGGAGAAAGAGGCGCCUGGAAUGGAGGCAGGAGAGCAGGCGGAUGUGGAUUGAAUGGAGGCAGGAGAGCAGGCGGAUGUGGAAUGAAUGGAGGCAGGAGAGAGUGGUAAGGCGAAAAGGGAAAUAUUUUAUAUGUUAAAAUAAAAGGUGGAUUUGACGUUUAAAGACAAGAAUAAGUUGAAUUAUUCUUCUUGGUAAGAGUCUAGAAAAUACUGUACGCAGUCUCACCUGACUUCACUAGAGGUGCUCAAGCAUAGAAGGUGCAGCGUGUCCUUGAGAGAUCCUUUCACACCAACCAGGGAAUAAACGUGAACAGCCUAAACACAGAUGGCUCUUUUACCAAAGCAAUGCUAUACAGUGGUAACAGUCACAAGACCACAACACCAACAAGCUGGUCAUUGUUUCAGUCUGAGUUUAGUGGUUGUAUGCAGAAUCUAGACAACUGCAAAUGUGACGAAGGGAAACUUUUAGAAAAUUGUACAGUUUUGGUUGUAAACCAAAGCUAGUUAGCGUUGUCUUUACAAGAUUAUAUGAGGUUGUGUUGUCUGUAUGCAACUGUAAUUUGCACAUUGUAAAUAUGUAUUUCCACUACUAACACUAGUUAGAAAUAAAAAAUACAAAA